AUGGUCAAGCGCGUACUUGUAGGAUACGGCAUCGAUGUGGAUGCGGUGAGUGGCUGGAUCAACACUGAAGACGGCCAUAUACCUGAUCUCACCGAUAUAUCGCGUGGUAUCUUCGGUGCUACCGCAGGAAUUGACCGGCUUCUGAAAUUAUGGGAUAAAUACAACAUCAAGACCUCAUGGUUCAUCCCAGCUCAUUCAAUCGAGUCGUUCCCGGGUCAAAUGGCAAAGAUUCGCGAUGCCGGGCAUGAGAUUGGUCUGCAUGGAUACACCCACGAGCACGUGGAUAUGUUAACCGAGCAGCAGGAGCGCGAUGUGCUCGCAAAAUCAAUUGAAGUGGUGACUGCACUCACUGGAAAGCAUCCGAAGGGGUGGACUGCACCGUCUUGGAGAACAUCAAGCCGCAGUAUCAGAUUGUUAGAAGAGUUCGGCCUGGAAUAUGACCACUCAUUCAUGCAUCAUGACUCCCAGCUCUACUACGUUCCCUACAACUCAGGUGAACUAGUAGCCACCGACCUCUCGAAACCUGCCGAGCAGUGGAUGAAGCCCAUGGGAAAGCUAAAGACAAGCAAGAUUGUCGAAGUGCCCGCGAACUGGCAUUUAGAUGACUGGCCACCAUUCCAGCUAACGGAAGGCCCCUCCCACGGAUACGUGGACCCGGAUGUUAUUGAAAGGCUUUGGAAAGCGCAAUUUGAUUAUCUCUAUCAAGAGUAUGAUACAUUUGUGUUCCCGAUAUCGAUUCAUCCUCAGGUCAGUGGGAAGCCUCAGGUACUUAUGCUUCAUGAGAGGCUUAUUGAAUAUAUCAAUUCGCAUGAGGGGGUGGAGUGGUGUACAUUUGAGCAGAUGGUUAAGGAGUUCAAAGAGGGCAGAAUUGAGGGAUUCCAGGUAGAGGGUGGAGUUGAUUGA